GCGUCAAUCGGAGGAAGAGGCCAUUUUCUCGCCAUGAAGGGCGCCGUAGUGGCCCUCGCGCUAGGUACGUGACCCAAACGAUGCGAUCCGUGGUCUGUGAAAGUAGCGUGCAAUUUGGUGCGCGUCCGGCCGAGUUAAUUGCCCUCCAUUGAGGUCGAGCCCUUUAGCGCUGCGUUGGCCCGCGGCCGCAGCCCGCUGGGCAGCAAAGCUGCGGCGAGGGACGCGACACGCCUGCGUGCCGUCGUGCCGCGCUUAAAAGGCUCGCAUCGCACUGGAGAACAUUUACUCGACAUCGGACGCCGCCCGAAGACACAAGGCUGCGCCGCACGCCGCCGUCGCGCGACGCCCCUCCCCUCGAAAAGACCGCGCCGGCACGACGCCGUCGCGCGAAGCCCCACGCCGUCGCGCGACCCCCUCGCACAAAACAAUCACCCUCUGAUCCGUAGGCGCGACCGCCCUCACGACCUCCAGCAACCGAUUACCCUCCGCGCCGCGACGGACGCCGACCACCGCCUCCCUGAAGAUGGAGGACUUCGGCCUGCUCAAGGGCACGCCCUUCGACUUCGGCCGGGAGUGGACGAAGGACGGCAUGACGGAGCAGCAGAAGGGGAGCAUCGAGGAGUGCAUGUCCGAGGCGACGAUGGAGAAGUACAUGAACGACAACGGGCUGCGGUUCAAGAUGAACAAGACGGCGAAGGAGCGAGAGGGCCUCAAGUUGUUCGGUGGUCUUUUACCAGAAUUCGAGGUCAACAUCCCCAUCCUCAACGUCGACCUGAAAGUCGCGGCCCCGGAGGUCGAGUCCAUCUGGGAGGCCAUCGGCUUCACGGCCACCUCGAACAACGCCGCGAGAGUGGCCGAAAAACAAAAAGCCGUGGCCAAGGAGAAGAAGAACGCCGAGAAGUUCGGCGACAUCCUCGCCUACUGGAAGGAGAAGUACGGCUACUCGAAGUACUAUCCGGGGAGCUGGUUCUACUACGACCAGCUGUCCACGGACCCGGACGAGAACGGGCGCGGCCAGAUCAACACGCCCGCGAACCGGCAGAUGAGCGGCUUCCGCAUGCGCAAGGGCGGCUUCUACCUCGACGGCACGAAGGACACGCGCACGUAGGUCGUGUCCCCCUCUUUGUGUAAUCCCGGUUCGAUCUA